AUGGAUAAAGAUAUUUAUAAAUUAGCAAAGGAUUUUCCUGAUCUGAAAAAAAUUAUGGAAAAUGCAAAUUCCAGUAGUAAUGACAGGAUGACUGCUAAUUGUAAUUCAUUUGAUGAAGGUAAAUUUCCAUCUUUUAAUUCCUCUGUUGAAAACAUUUGUAAAAAAGUGGAAGAUUAUAUAUCUACUAUAAAUGUUAGCUACUAUUAUUCGUUUAAAGAAUCCAGGUGUAUAUAUUUGUAUUAUUGGCUAUAUUAUUAUAAUGAUAAUAAUAAGAAACCUGUAAAUGAAGUUAAAAAUCUUUAUCAUAAAUUGAUCAGUGAUCUUGAUUUAACCAAUUGUUACAUAGACGAAAAAAUUGAUUAUAGUACUAUUGCAGAUGAUGAAAUGUCAAAGCUUAAAGAUUUACAAAAAAUGUAUACUAAUGUUAAGAAUACAACUGAAACUGCUUGUACGAAUUGUAAAUGCUUAAACGAAUGUUCACAAAUAUAUGGAACACAUCUGCAAACUUGUAAUUAUAAUAAUAACACAUAUUUUUGUAAAGAAUUAUUAAAUAUAAAAGAAAUAUACGAUAAACAAAUGAUUAACAAUGAAUGUGAAGCUCAUAUCCCCAAAACUUUACCUUCCUUUCAAAGAUAUAACAUAACAACCCUUACAUUAAUUCCAAUUUUUACAACUUUAUUCACGCCAUAUGGUUUAAGCUUUCGAUGUGCAGCUCUUAAGAAAAGAAAACAAUAUAAUAAUAUAAAUAAUGAAAAGAACAUACUGGAAUUAUCUGAAGCAUCCAGUUGUGUUUUAAGAAACAAUAGAUAUAAUAUAUUAUAUAAUUCUAAAUAA